UCUCUCUCUCUCUGUUGCGGAGUAAGCUCGAUCACCUAGUUUGGUUGCUUUGGUAGGAAAAGGCAGAGGAGGGGCCAUGGGCUGGUUUCCCUGCUCUGGAAAAUCGGUAACGAAAGCGAAGAAGAAGAAGAAGCAACAGCUGCAGCAGCAGCCAACAGAUGAUCAGAUCCAACCCACUUCAGCUUCAGAUAAGUUGAAGGUAAAUCCCUCACUGGGUGUAAAGAAGGAGCCCCCCAAGGAUGGAGGACCCAAUUACAUUGCAGCACAAACACUUACAUUCCGUGAAUUGGCUGCAGCAACAAAGAAUUUUAGAGAAGAUUUUCUCUUGGGAGAGGGAGGUUUCGGUAGAGUUUACAGGGGACAAUUGGAGAGUACUAACCAGGCUGUAGCUAUCAAGCAGCUUGAUCGCACUGGCUUGCAAGGGAACAGGGAAUUCCUUGUUGAAGUGUUGAUGUUGAGUUUACUUCACCAUCCUAACCUUGUUAAUUUAGUUGGAUACUGUGCUGAUGGAGAUCAAAGGCUUCUAGUUUACGAGUACAUGCCAUUGGGUUCUUUGGAAGACCAUCUAUAUGACCUCCCACCGGAUAAGAAACAACUCGAUUGGAAUACAAGGAUGAAAAUUGCCGCUGGUGCAGCAAAGGGCUUGGAGUAUUUGCAUGAUAAGGCAAAUCCCCCUGUUAUAUACCGUGAUUUGAAAUGCUCAAAUAUAUUGCUUGGUGAGGGUUAUCAUCCCAAGCUGUCUGAUUUUGGCUUGGCCAAAGUUGGGCCUGUUGGGGAUAAGACACAUGUCUCAACUAGGGUGAUGGGCACAUACGGAUAUUGUGCACCAGAAUAUGCAAUGACAGGUCAACUUACACUGAAAUCUGAUGUUUAUAGCUUUGGGGUGGUUCUUUUGGAGAUCAUCACAGGAAGGAAAGCAAUUGACAAUUCAAAAUCUGCUGGAGAGCACAAUCUGGUUGCAUGGGCACGACCACUAUUCAAAGAUCGGAGGAAAUUCCCACAAAUCGCUGAUCCUAUGCUCCAGGGCCAAUAUCCUGUGCGGGGCUUGUACCAAGCACUUGCUGUUGCUGCAAUGUGUGUUCAGGAGCAGCCCACUAUGCGUCCAGUCAUAGCUGAUGUGGUUACUGCUCUGUCAUACCUUGCCUCGCAACCAUAUGAAAUUGAAAGUGAAUCAGUUCAAAGCUCCCAAAUGGCCCUCUGUGCUUCUCGAACGAGGGACAAUGACUGGAAACUUAAUGGUGGUAGUAGUGGGUAUGAGAGGGAUCAAGCCAGAGUAUUUACUUGAGACUACUUGAAUUGUGAAUGGGUUGAGAGUUUCCUCCCCACUGGAUUGGACUUCUGCCAAACGUGGCUGCUAAUUUGGAAGUCAUCUAUCUGAUGGUUUUGUUUUGUGAUCUUUGAUCACAUGCGUCAGAGCUUUCCUUGGUAUGCGUCUUGGCUGCAAGUGGUGGUUCCUGCUUAUCAAAUUUUGUAUCUGCCCCUGCUCCCCCACCCCAAAGACAACAGGUGCCUAUGUCACCCUUGUUUCCGUCCGUUGUUACCAGGAAUUUGAGUUUUGUAAGCUUACUGUCUCAUCCUUUACCUUUCCUUUCGGUGUACAUGCUUGGGUCCCUGUAUCUAUGUGUUUAUCCUAUACCUUGAUGUCUGAUAUAUUUUAGUUGAAUUUAAUUUUUAUAUGUGCA